AGUCGUCUUUUGGUCUAUAACGCCGGCUUGCAGUGGGCGAUGCCAUCUAUGCCGAUUCAGUGUUGCGAGCGAAGCAUGCAUCGUUGGCAGACGGAUGGAAUGAUGUCCCGAAGCUCUGCUCUGCAGCCCUGCGGUCCCUUCCCCGCGGACACUAAAAUCGCUAUACUCAAUUAGGAAACCCAUCUUUCGCUACCACUAUGAGAACUUCCGCUAUGUGAAGUCGAUAUGGACAGCUAACAGACACCUCGCCAGAUCUCCAAUACCCAGGUCCCCCUCACCAACAUGUCCACAAACAACUCCCCACCCCACGAACCCACGGUUCUCCCUUCCGGAAACGCUCCUCCCACCCCGCCGUUCUCUCCCCGCGCCCACCCUCUAGACGACAUAUACGGCUCCGCUCCGUCGUCGCCAGUCCUCUCACCCCACGCUCAGGAAUACUCCCAUCAUACUUCCACUCAUCUCCAGACGCACGAAAUCCUCUCCGACCUCCCCUCCCGCCAACGCGCCCUCGACACCGACGCCUACCGCGAAGGCCUCUCCAACAGCAAAGGCCAAUACGUCCAGGAAGGUUUCGACGAGGGAUACGCGCUCGGUGCAAACCUAGGCCAACGCGUCGGCUACAUACUAGGAGUAUUCGAAGGCAUGGCGAUGGCGCUGCGGGGCAAUAAAGAAGAGAACCAGGCACUUUAUCGGCAAGCCAAGGGCUGGUGGGAGAGCGCGCAGAGGGAGCUGGCGAUCCAGGAGUUGUUGGGGCAGAAGUGGGUGGAUGGGGAGGGGAUAUGGAGGUGGGAGGUGAGGGCGAGCGAGGAGGGGGAGGAACCGACGUUGAGGGAGGUGGCGGAGCAGCAUCCGUGCGUUAGGAGGUGGAUGGGGAGGGUGGAGGAGGUUGCGAGGGAGUGGGGGGUGGAUUUGAGGGCGUCGGAGGGGGGUGGGGGGUAGGAUUGAGACGGCGGAAUUGCGGGUGUUGAAACACAUUACAAGGGUAAAGGGCGCCAGAACAAAGAUGAGGGGUCAUGAAUGGCCGCAGGUACGCCUCUUGAUUGACGGAGACAUGUUGGUCUACCAGAUCAGUCGUGUUCCAGCUACGCGCAGAUGCGAUCAGGUCCAGGAGGC